AAGAACACUCCAAAAAAAAAGUCCCGGAAGAAGUAGUCAGCGGUUCGCCUGAGGACAUUGCGGCUUUGUUCCAAGUUGUGUGCUGGAACGGAGCCUCGCUGAAAUCCCAACUUUCUUUUGUUUGUGCCUCUUUUUUUGGUGGGGGGUUUGUUCUCAGGAUUGUUCACCUUUUGGGCGUCUUCGCGGGAGGUGACCUCAGGUACCACACUUGCUCUGCUAGCUCGACGCUUUCGGUGGAUUUACUGCACAAACCAGCUCAAAUUGUCCACAGAAGAUGAGCAUUCUCACCCGAGCAGCUGAUGGCAUGCUGCCCUGCAGGCCGUCGGAGAGAGGGCGAGUCUGAAUGGCGCCCUAGUUCCGCCCCUCAUCUCCCUGUCUGAAAACGCCUUGACCCCUUCUCUCAGGAACCGCAGAGCGCCCCGCCGACCUCUCCACUAUGGAUAUACGGAGCGACGACACAGAGGGCUGCUAUUACAACCGCACCGUCAAGUUUUUCUACGAAAAGAGUAACAAGACCAUCAGCGACCACUGGCGUGGCCGCGACUACGUGGUCGUCACGCUGGGCAUGACAGUCUGCUUCAUUGUCAUCUUUUCCAACCUUCUGGUUAUUGGGGCCAUUUUAAAAAAUAGACGCUUCCACUUUCCCAUCUACUACCUUUUGGGUAACCUGGCCUUGGCAGACCUCUUCUCAGGUAUCUCCUACCUCCACUUGAUGUUCCACACGGGUCCGUGGACCAUCAAACUGUCCAAGCACCAGUGGUUCGUGCGUCAGGCUCUCAUCGACACCAGCCUGACCGCCUCCGUCCUCAACCUCCUGGCGGUGGCGUUGGAGCGCCACCAGACCAUCUUCCAGAUGCAGCUCCACAGCAAAAUGAGCACACGGCGCGUUUUCGUCCUCAUGCUCUUAAUUUGGCUGGUCGCCAUCAUCAUGGGCCUGGUGCCCACCAUGGGCUGGCACUGUCUGUGCGACCUGGAGAACUGCUCCACCAUGGCGCCGCUCUACAGCCGCAGCUACCUGGUGUUCUGGGCAGUCCUCAACCUCCUCACCUUCUCCGUCAUGGUGGGCGUCUACACCCGCAUCUUUUUGUACGUGCGGCACAAGAGUGAGCAGAUGUCACGGCACACCACACAAAUAAGACAACGUGAGACCGUGUUGAAACUGAUGAAGACCGUCUCCAUGAUCUUGGGCUGCUUUGUGAUCUGCUGGACACCCGGCCUGGUGGUGCUGCUGCUCGACGGCCUGGGCUGCGACAAGUGCAAAGUGCUGCGCUACGAGAAGUACUGCCUGGUGCUGGCCGAGUGCAACUCCCUGGUCAACCCCAUCAUCUACUCCUUCAGGGACAAGGACAUGAGGAGGACCUUCAAGGAGAUCCUCUGCUGCAUGUUCUGGCGCGGCGGCGACCACACGAGCACGUCUGGAGUUAACUUUAACUCCCUGGAGCACGAGAACUCAAAGUCUCGCGACGUGGAGCUGAUGGAGAAGAGCAACGGGACGCCGCUCAUCAGCAACGCCUCGGAGGACAGGACGCAGCCUUUGCAGAGUUGGAAUUAACACACAAACGCCUCAAGAUUGUGGAGAAGUGACUCAAUCCGUUUGGAAAGGGAAAGUGGGCGGGGCCUCAAACCUCAAGGAAGGUCUGGACCCUAUUUCCUGUUUUACGACUUCUCCCAAACAUUCACAAAGUUAUUCAUCGUGUGCAAGACUUAACGAGUCCUUGUUGCUCACCCCUAAAUCUUCUGUACCAGUAAAGAACAAAUACACAAUUUUGUUUUUAUUAAAACCGUUUUUUUUGCAAUCCACCAACUCAAAAGGGCUAAAUGUUAUAUUUGUAAGGUUUUUUUUAUUUAGAUAUUUUUUCUUCUUAAUGAGACGUGACCUCAUGUCAGCUUUCUUCUUCAUGUCCAGUUCAAGUCAGGAAGAAGUUAUUCAAUCUUUUAGGAUUUCUACUGACUGAAGAAAAAAAAAACCUAAUAUUGGCAAUAAAUUCUCUAUUUUGUGUUUUACUAACUUUAGCUCGGUUUAAAAAAAAUAGUUUUUUUUCUUCAUGUUUCUAUUUGCUAAAAAAAACCCACAAAAGACAAUCCUGCAUUUUCUAAAAGUGAAAUUGUUAGAUAAAUAAUAUUUGGUAUAAAAAGUCCAGAAAAUAAAUGACAUUUCUGCAAAUAUAAAUCAUAACUGUGCCAUAAAUCUGUGUGGGAGAUUAAUUUUAAUUAAAAGUCAGGAAAAUUUUAUUUGGGCAAAGAGGUUGGAAAAAUAUUUAAUGCAAAAAGUUGUUGGCAAAACUAAGGAGUAAAAAUUUCAGUAAAAAUGGAUGCAAAUAAAAAUCACACAAAAAAAGUAUGAAAACUGAAUCUGCAAAACAGAAACAUUGUGCAAAAAAAAAUUAUUAAUGCAAGGUGUUAAACUAAACGUUAUGAAAAAAUUAAAUCUGCAAAAAUGUCUGGAUUUGUAUUUAUUUAUUAUUUUUCAAAAUUAAAAGUGGAGCAUUUUUGCAAAUACAUUUUUUAUUGUUUUUGUGUGUGAAAAGUUAGAAAAGUGUGUUAGAUUGUUGUCAAAUAUUACACAUUUAUUUAGCAACAUUUUUUAAAAGUACCCAUUUGUACAAACAUUUAUUUUGGUAAAAAGUUAGAAUGUCAGAAAUCUAAUUAGUGCAAAAAGCCAGGGCAACAAAAAAAAAAAGCAUGCCUAAAAAGUUCUGGAAAAAUGCCCUGAAAAUAGUACAAAAGUAGUCGAAAAUGUUCAUUUGUUUGAAAGUUAGAGAUUUGUUCUUUUUUGUUGAAAGUAUAACUUUUACAAAAUAAAUGUGCAAAAAUCAGUGAAGUGAAAUGGAGAAUACAAGUGAACGUGAUAUGACGCAGCAAAGCUAGUGAAACACAAAAUUUGGGUACCUGUCAACAGUAAAAUUAUUUGCUGUGAAAAUACGUGUAUAGAUCUGUCAUAUUUUCAACAAUUAUUAUUAUUUUUUUUAAAUCUCAAGUAUGAGGAAGAGAAGAGAUGAAAAGUAUUUCUGCUGACUUGUGCAUAUUUGGUUUAGUAGAGGACUGAUCGAUGUUCUUUCUGAAGACAGUGAUGUCAUUAAAUAUUUUACAUUUACACACAG